GUCCUCUUCUGCCCGCGACGUUGGAAAGCCGGAGUUUGCGCGUGUUCGCUAUCUGGUCCGAACCGCGUUGGCUGCUGCCCUUUUGGACCUCGUCUGGCAACAAGUGCCCCCCUCCCCUCUUUCCCUCUCCUCCGAUAAGGAACGCUUUACUCUCGCCGUCCUUCGUGGCCGCCUUAUCAACGCAGAAUGGCUCGCGGAUGAAGCUGGUUGGUUGGGCUGAUUUCGCCUUGUCUCUGUCGGAUAAAAAAAAAAAGAGUGCUAGGCCUAACGGGCGAGGACCGAGUAGCCCCCCCCAAAAAUACGCGUGUUCGUGUGUUCGCAGAUUGAUUCGCUGUUCGCGACUGCGUGCGACGCAGUGUCGUCUUCUCUGCUCGAAGUGGUGUCGGCGGCGGCGGUGGUGGUGUCUCUCUGUAUCUGUGUGUUGUGUGUUUUCGUGGACGUGUGUUGACUUGUCGGUGUGUCAUAACUCCCCCCCUCCCGUGGUCGUCUUGGUCGUCGUCGGUCCGUUUCUGCUGGCCGGGGUGUCGAAUGCGACAGCAAAAGCCCCCCCGUAGAGCGUGUCUCUGAGGUGGAGGUAUGACUGAUAAGGAGAUUGCCAAAAUUGAAGCGAUCGUCGAGCGUAUUUUGCCGAGAACGAUGAAUUCGCCGGGCAAAGAGCAGCCUGACCCCGACGCGAUCAAGAUGUUCGUGGGUCAGAUCCCACGCUCCUGGGACGAGAACGACCUGAAGAAGAUGUUCGAGGACUUCGGACCCGUGUACCAGAUCAACGUGCUCCGGGACAAGGCCACCGGCACCAGCCGAGGAUGCUGCUUCGUCACGUUCUACACCCGCAAGUCCGCCCUGGAUGCCCAGAACGACCUCCACAACAUGAAGACGUUACCGGGGAUGCACCACCCGAUACAGAUGAAACCUGCUGACAGCGAAAACAGAAAUGAGCGCAAGCUGUUCAUCGGCAUGCUGGCCAAGGAGUGCAACGAGAGCGACGUCCGCGUCAUGUUCUCGCCCUUCGGUUCCAUCGAGGAGUGCACCGUGCUCAGGGACGGCAGCGGACAAAGCAAAGGAUGCGCUUUCGUGACGUACGCAAGCCGGCAGUGUGCCAUCAACGCCAUCAAGGCUAUGAACCACUCGCAGACCAUGAAGGGCUGCAACAACCCGAUGGUGGUGAAGUUCGCGGACACGCAGAAGGAGAAGGAGCAGAAGAGGCAGCAGCAGGUGAUGACCAACCUGUGGACCAUGGCCAACUUCGUCAACCUGGGAACGGUUACGCCGCAGUACCUCGCCCAAGCAGCUCAGGCUGGAGCAUUCCCUGGCUUCGCCAAUAUCCCACAGCUGAGCAGUGGUCUUGGAUCCCUGAAUGUGCAGCAGCAACUGGCUGCCCUGGCAGCAGCCCAGGCAUCGGCAAACAACUCGAGUACAGGGUUGAACUCUCUGGGGCUCCAGGGUCUCACGGGACAGGGUGUCACCAGCGCAUUGGCUCUGCCCAGCUCUGGUAACAAUACCACCGACCUCAGCUGUGCAAAUUUACAAAGCCUCGCAGCACUGGCGAACCUGGCAAACAGUCCUGGGAUCAACCCCAUGGUGGUGCAAAACUUGGCCGCUCUGGCAGCUGCCGGAAGCGGGAACAACUCUGCCGGCAUUCCGGGACUCUCGGCCGCGGGCAACGUCUCGGGGAGCACGUCAAGCGGCAACUCAUCUCUGAGUGGGGUGAGCUCCCUCAGUCCAGUGUCAAGCAUGGCCCUGGGCAUGAGCACCAACUCGCUCUCCACCAUGGGAGCGCUCACCAAUGUCAACGGGUUGGGCAACACGGGAGGCCUGACAGCCAACGGGCCCAGCCUGGAUGCCCUGGCGCAAGCCUAUUCGGGCAUGCAGCAGUAUCAAUCUGUGCCAGGAGCCUUUGCGCAGAUUGGACUACAGCAGUCCCAAAACCCUGUUGGAAAGCAAGUCGAAGAGUGCUUCUUUUCCCCCGCCCCCGCCCUGCACACAGGUCCCGAGGGGGCCAACCUGUUUAUCUACCACCUGCCGCAAGAGUUCACGGACAGCGACCUGGCGCAGACAUUCAUGCCUUUUGGCAACGUGGUCUCUGCCAAGGUGUUCAUUGACAAGCAGACCAACCUCAGCAAGUGCUUCGGCUUCGUGAGCUACGACAACUCCCUAAGUGCACAGGCGGCCAUCCAGGCGAUGAAUGGCUUUCAGAUCGGCACCAAGCGACUCAAAGUUCAGCUCAAGAGGUCGAAAGAUGCCAGCAAACCCUACUGAGGAGACGCAGCCCCACCCCUCUGAACAGCCCUCAGAGGGAGCGCAGACACAGAAGAAACCUGGAAUGUUCGUUGUCACCUGUCCCUUGUCGUGUGAGGAGUCCCGCAAAGCGUAGCCUGCACACAUGCACGCACGCACAGCCUGUGUGUGCAGUCCGACGGAAAAAAAAACUCGAAACAGUGUGAGGGAGAGAGAGAGAAAGCACACAAGCCUGCCUCUGCGCGAAUUGUCCUUUGCGGGCGCCGCCUCGCCUCGAAACGACGCUCACGUGGCUCGUCGCAAGACGAGAUUCGGAUGCGACUCGACUCUGCCCCCCCCUUGUUUUACGGCCUUGUCUUUUGCAUCCUCGCCUUUGUUUUGGAGAAGGAACCAACGGGAGGGCACGUGCCGUAUUCGCCGAGAAGGAGCCAGCCCUCUUCGAUUGGCCGUUGAUUGCCGUCCGUGUCACGUGACACGACGACGGGAGUUGAGAUUUCUACCAACACCUUCAUCGUACUACGCAACGCAGAGUGCAGUGGAAGGUGCAGAUAUUUCGGCUUCCGCAAGCGCCACAUGUUGUGUUUGGCGCACACGGCGCCAAUCAAUCGGGGUGAACGUUGGCACACGCCACAAUGGCUGCCUCGCUCUCGUCGUUUGCGGCCAGUGCAUCCCACUGCGCCCGCUUGAAGACCGAAUGAAUGACGGGGACAAACACCCAAAAGGGGGUGGCAAAAACGUCGGCAGGCUUUUGUCCAAAGGGAAGCACAUUUUUUUUUGUUUUUCUUCUGUUUUGUUUUGUUUUUUGUCUGACACAGCUAAUUGUUUGCGUGUUCUCCCACCAUUGAGUGUUGUUGCGAGGGGUGGUGCUGGAAGCAAACCGUGGUAGUACGUGUUGCUGAGCUUCCCGCUUUUUUUGCGCUACUUUUGUGUAUUUUUUUUUAACCGGUGUGCGGUGGUGUGUCAUGAAACAGAAAGGCACGACACGUGUGAAGGUGUAUGUGGCACGUGGAAUGAGGUAUUUUUUGUGCUAUCCUCUGGCUUUUUUGUUGUUUAUUUUUUCACUACGCGGCGGUGUUUUCUUUUGUGGCGUAUAUUUUCUCUUCGACUUGGUAAGGACGUAGUGUAGACGGCGAGGUCCUUUCCUUCGAUGCCUUUUUUUUUUCGUUUGUGGCUAGUGACUUGAUGUAUUCUUCCCACCUUCAGUCAGGGUAAUAUGUAGCAUUGUAGGCAAUUCUCUUUGUUUAUUUCAAUCUUUAAGUUUAUUUUUUCCUUCUUGUGUACAUUUGAGACAGUAGUCAUUGGUGUGUGUGGUCUUCUUUUUCUUCCGGUUAUUACCCUGUUGUGGCACAUUAUUGUAUAACAAUGAGAAAGAUUUUGGGGGGGACGGCACCCUCUGUGGGCAACUAUGGCAAUCUCUCGAGCUUGCAAAAAAGGGAGGAGGUGUCAUUUUUGAUAUUUUUGCUGCUGGUUUGCCCCUAACCUCUAAGGUCAUCUGUUUGAUAACUUUAGUUGCCAACAAGUUGUGCUUUGGAAUUUUUUUGUUCUGUGCAGAUAGUUAGAUCGAAUGAUCCUGGAAUGUGCAGUAUUCUGUGUGGUACUUGUUGCUUUCAAAAGGCACAUGUUCGUCGGCUCUCUUACGACUCUACGCUUUCUUCUCCACCCAUGUUUGUGUUUCUUUUUUAAGAAAAAAUUUAACGUCUGUCGCAGUAGUUUUGGUCUGCGAGAUUCCAUUUCACUAGAUGUAUUAGCCGCUCAACAUUCUUAUCAGACAUUUUUUUUUUUUCAUGUUCAGUGUUGCUUGUACGAGCCUCUGAUUCUGAGGAGCUUUCAGUGUUGUUUCUUGGGACGGUUUGUUAACCUGAUUUUGUCUUUCGGCAGGCAGACAGGGUCGCGGGGGGCACAGAUCGGCGUUGCGAUUUGGGCGGUUUUCAGUGGCGGGUGAGCCGUGCAGGGUGGGGCACCUGGAAACUUUCGUGUACCAAGGAGGGAGGUGUAUGAAGGGAUAGACAGAUACAGCCAGUUCAUGUGAUCGAACACACGCCGACAGCUUGACAACACAAUGAGCUUCUUGCGAAAUGCUUUACUCGUUCAGCGACGAAGGACGUCUGCUGCCAUUGCCGCCUAAGGGAACGGGGAAUGUCGUUACUUUUUUCCUGUGUCACGUCGCGUCCUGUGAAAGACAGCAAGCGUGUAAGAAAACACCGUGCCAAAAAAAGAAACCUAAAUUAAGAUGCAUUGAAGCAGAAAACAAACGUCUGGGAAUCGGAGGCUUUUCUGCCCCUUUCAGGACCACGCGAGUUGAUCGGCGCCUCCGACGACGCAUUUUCGGCGCGGAUGCGCCGCUACUCUUUGGUGUCGUCGCACGAGUCUCAUACCGUUGUUUUUGUCAGUGUAUACUUCAUUGGGGUUUUUAUUAUUCUUUUCUACCAGGACCCAGUUGAGUUUCCACUGUGUCGUACGUGAGCGUAGCGUUUUGAAGUGAAGAAACCAAACGGCAAUUAUGGAUGUCAGCUGUGGUCGUGUGCCCCUCCCUUCCUUCCCGUGUUGAUGUUUUUUAAGAAAAUGAGAUGUGGAACACGAGAAGAUUCUCACAAACAUGAGGUUCACGAAACCCGCCGCGAGAGUGUUUUCUUCUCUUGAGCUGUCUCCUCCCCUCCGCCUUGUGAAACAGUACUACACAACACGACACCAUCACAGACACAGAUACACACGCGGGCCACGCUUGAGCCUCCACAGAGACAAGGAAAAAAAAAAAAGGAUAGUCACUCUAGAUUUGUGAAGCUUAUUCUUAAGCGUCUACUUUUUUGUGUUUGUGGAACGUACUGUGUAUCGUCUGUGCAGGAAACAGCUGUGAGUUAAUAAUAUAAGGAGAAACAAGAAAACGUGACGGUGGAGAGCAUUACGUGUUUCUACAGUGCAAAGGCGAUUAUUUUUGUACCUGAUGAUAACUGGAAAAAAGGGAUGGCAUAGAGAUGUUUUUUUUUGUUCUUCCUUAUGGGUUUUUAUUUUUGAGGUUUUUCUCGUCUUCUCCCGUUUCCACCACACUGUGUCGGUUGAUGCUGCCGGAACGUGUGAAUAGAAGGCUAUAAGUAUAUCGGGGCGAAACUGGAGCACAACUCGACAUUUUGGGCGCCGACAUUGCUUUCCUGGGAGGGAUUGCUGCCGAUACAUUGCACACAGAGAGAAGAUAAAAAGGGAACCCCUAUUUUUAACCUCUGACAGGAACAUAGAUUGUUUCACCUCCGUCUUGAGUUUGAGAAAAAAAGAAGCUUUGGUUGUUAAAUGCAUACAUGCUUGUGUGCAGCCGGGUGCCGGAGAGGUCUUGUAUUUAACACCAAUAUUCCUGUUACCACAAGUGAUUACUGAGUUACUAUGCUGAUGGCACUUCGGUUUUUGCCCUUACUUGUUUGCUGGAGUGACAUUGAGUACAAGCAGGUGUUUCUUCUUCAUUAUUUUAUUCUAGUGGUUCUCAAGAAGGUCCUUUUCUCAAUUCAAUUUUUUUUUCCCCUUCAGAGUUGAUUGUGCUGGCUGUGUAUCCUUCCCCAUCCCCCCCCCCUUUUUUUUUUCUCGGUGUAUUGAAACUUGUGGGAAGGUCACUUCUCCCUCUCACCUUCUUAUUUUGCUUGUGGUAAGAAGUUACCUUCUUGUUAAGUGCUGAUGUCUCGCACCGAGAGUUUGGGUUUUACAACAGUUUGAAAUAAAAACACCCAAAGUAAUGGUAACUUA